AUGCGAAACGUUUUAAGGCUUUUAUUUUUAACAGCUUUUGUUGCUAUAGGGUCUUUAGCAGCCGUUUUAGGUGUUGAUUACGGUCAGCAAAAUAUCAAGGCCAUUGUGGUUUCUCCGCAAGCCCCAUUAGAACUUGUGCUCACACCAGAGGCAAAACGGAAGGAGAUAUCUGGUCUUUCGAUAAAAAGAUUACCAGGUUAUGGAAAGGAUGAUCCGAAUGGGAUUGAAAGAAUCUACGGUUCCGCUGUUGGCAGUUUAGCAACAAGGUUUCCCCAAAACACAUUGUUGCAUUUGAAACCGCUACUUGGGAAAUCACUAGAAGAUGAAACCACUGUAACUUUGUAUUCAAAACAACACCCCGGUUUAGAAAUGGUAUCAACAAAUAGAAGUACCAUAGCCUUUUUAGUUGAUAAUGUGGAAUAUCCAUUGGAAGAGUUAGUGGCAAUGAAUGUCCAAGAGAUUGCCAAUAGAGCCAAUUCACUGUUGAAGGAUAGAGAUGCAAGAACUGAGGACUUUGUAAACAAGAUGAGUUUUACAAUUCCUGACUUUUUUGACCAACAUCAAAGGAAAGCACUUUUAGAUGCCAGUUCAAUAACCACAGGAAUCGAAGAGACAUAUCUGGUUAGUGAAGGGAUGUCUGUUGCAGUUAACUUUGUAUUAAAGCAGCGCCAAUUUCCACCAGGUGAACAGCAGCAUUAUAUCGUAUAUGACAUGGGGAGCGGUUCUAUUAAGGCCUCAAUGUUCUCUAUAUUGCAGCCGGAGGACACUACUCAGCCCGUUACAAUAGAAUUUGAAGGAUAUGGGUAUAAUCCACAUCUAGGUGGUGCAAAGUUUACAAUGGAUAUUGGCAGUUUGAUAGAGAAUAAGUUUUUGGAAACACACCCAGCCAUAAGAACUGAUGAAUUGCACGCUAAUCCCAAGGCCUUAGCAAAAAUCAACCAAGCAGCAGAGAAGGCAAAGUUAAUUUUAAGCGCCAAUUCUGAGGCAAGUAUUAACAUAGAAUCACUGAUCAACGAUAUUGAUUUCCGUACUUCUAUAACUAGACAGGAAUUCGAAGAAUUUAUUGCAGACUCGUUAUUGGACAUUGUCAAACCCAUAAAUGACGCUGUUACAAAACAAUUCGGUGGCUAUGGAACAAAUUUACCUGAGAUAAAUGGGGUCAUUUUGGCGGGAGGCUCUUCCCGAAUUCCCAUUGUGCAGGAUCAAUUAAUCAAACUCGUAUCCGAAGAAAAAGUGUUGAGAAAUGUCAAUGCUGAUGAAUCAGCUGUGAAUGGUGUUGUUAUGAGAGGGAUCAAGUUAUCUAAUUCGUUUAAGACCAAGCCGUUAAAUGUUGUUGACCGUUCUGUAAAUACUUAUUCAUUCAAAUUAUCAAACGAAUCUGAACUGUAUGAUGUGUUCACGCGCGGAAGUGCUUAUCCAAACAAAACAUCUAUUUUGACAAACACGACUGAUUCGAUUCCUAAUAAUUUUACCAUUGACUUAUUUGAGAAUGGUAAAUUGUUCGAAACUAUCACAGUUAAUUCAGGAGCUAUAAAGAAUUCAUAUUCCUCUGAUAAGUGCUCGUCAGGAGUUGCGUAUAACAUUACUUUCGACUUGUCCAGUGAUAGAUUAUUCUCUAUUCAAGAGGUUAACUGCAUUUGUCAGAGCGAAAAUGACAUAGGUAACUCCAAGCAAAUUAAGAACAAAGGCAGCCGUUUGGCUUUUACUUCUGAGGAUGUUGAGAUCAAAAGGCUUUCUCCUUCAGAACGUUCGCGUUUGCAUGAGCAUAUCAAGUUGCUCGAUAAACAGGAUAAGGAAAGAUUUCAAUUCCAAGAAAAUUUAAACGUUCUUGAAAGUAACUUGUAUGAUGCUAGAAACCUGCUAAUGGAUGAUGAAGUUAUGCAAAAUGGACCAAAAUCCCAAGUAGAAGAGUUAUCGGAGAUGGUUAAAGUAUAUUUGGAUUGGCUCGAAGAUGCAUCCUUUGAUACUGACCCUGAGGAUAUAGUUAGCAGAAUUAGAGAAAUUGGAAUAUUAAAAAAGAAAAUAGAACUUUACAUGGAUUCUGCAAAGGAACCUUUGAACUCUCAACAAUUUAAAGGAAUGCUUGAAGAAGGCCAUAAGUUACUUCAGGCUAUAGAAACCCAUAAGAAUACCGUUGAAGAAUUUUUGAGUCAAUUUGAAACCGAGUUUGCGGAUACCAUAGAUAAUGUUAGAGAAGAAUUUAAAAAGAUUAAGCAACCAGCGUAUGUGUCGAAGGCGUUAUCUACAUGGGAGGAAACCUUAACCUCUUUUAAAAAUUCCAUUAGCGAAAUAGAGAAGUUCCUGGCAAAAAACCUAUUUGGCGAAGACCUUCGUGAACAUUUAUUUGAAAUCAAAUUACAAUUUGAUAUGUAUCGUACGAAACUAGAGGAAAAACUGCGUUUAAUAAAAAGCGGUGAUGAAAGUCGCUUAAAUGAAAUAAAGAAGUUACAUUUAAGAAACUUCCGCCUACAAAAGAGAAAGGAGGAAAAGUUGAAAAGAAAGCUUGAACAGGAAAAAAGCAGAAACAACAAUGAAACAGAAUCGACAGUAAUCAACUCGGCUGACGAUAAAACUACUAUUGUCAAUGACAAGACCACCGAGUCGAAUCCAAGUUCUGAGGAAGACAUUUUGCAUGAUGAAUUAUAG